GGUGCACCGGAAAUCCAGGCUUGAAUUACAGCGUGUUAGAAAAUGAGGUCCGGCUAUACACAAGGUGAAAUAUGCUAACUAGGCAGCCAUUGUGGAGAAGCUUGCUGCUGAAGGGGACUACCUGUCUUCUGCAGGUGGGAGCCCCCAAAUUUCUCCAUCAAAGACAUUUUUCAUCCAAGAGUUUCAAACUUUUCGAUCAAGGGGUCUUUCACAGGACCUUUAAGGCUCCAUGGAUUCAAAGACUUGGUUGUACAAGCUUCUUUCUCUCUCACAAUGUGAUCAGGAACUACAAGAAGAGCACCAAGUCCACUGUGGAGUUCCCUUCAAGUCCCAUCACAGUCACAGACAUCAAGCAGUAUUUACGCUCCAAAGAGAUUCCCUUUCACGAUGGCUACAGCUGCCUCCACAUCACGAGCAUCUUCGUCGAUUCUUCCACGGGGAAGAACAAUUUUUCUUUGUUCAUUGACAAAACCACGGGACAGUUUUUGUGUAAAGACACACUGGUCGAGGGGAGCUGGGAGGACCUCCAGGACUGUCUGGAGGUGAUUCAGAAGGAUGACCAAGACUUCCUCAGUCCUCAUGUGCUGCUGGGGUAUCCGGAGAGCGUAGAGGAGCAGGAGGAGAGGGAGAGGGACCUGAGGGAGGUGCAGGAAAUCUGGUCCAGCUCUGUGUCCUUCGCCGACCUCCUUGAGGACGAAGCUCAACUGAUUAAAACCAUGUUCCAGAUGACAAAGAUCUCUAAUGCAACCCUUAAAAAGUUUGGCGUGAGACUUUUCAAGCCAACCAAGAGUCUGGUUUUCCCCUGGUUUGGUGGUCCUCACUCCUCCCUAAAAGGAAUCAAACUCCUCUCCGCCCAAACGACGGACACAGACGAGGUCGCUUAUAAUGAAGUCACCAUCCCGAGGUGUAGCUCCUACCUUAGCUUGUUUGGACUUCCCCUCGUGAACUUGUUGGACCCGGAGGUGGUGUUGACCAGUCGUGAGUUGGACACUCUGGCCGUGAGCCAGGCCACGGGCCUCCCCAGUGUGACUCUUCCUCGCGGGGUCAGCUGCCUCCCACCGCUGCUGCUGCCCUACCUGGAGCAGUUCAAGCGAGUCACACUGUGGCUGGGGGGUGACAUUCGCUCCUGGGAGGCGUCAAAGAUCUUUUCACGCAAACUGAGUCUGAGGAGGUGUGCGCUGGUGCGGCCCGGGGAGUUGCAGCCGUGUCCGCUGGAGGCACUGUCCCAAGGCAAAAACUUGACGCGCAUCGUGAGAUCCUCCAUCCCAGCAGCCCAUAAGUCCAUCGUCUCCUUCAAGCAGCUCAGAGAGGACGUGUACGGCGAGCUGGUGAACACAGACCAGGUGGCUGGGGUGAAGUGGGCCAGGUUUCCAGAACUCAACAGGCUCCUGAAGGGACACAGAAAGGGAGAGCUCACAGUUUUCACAGGUCCGACAGGAAGUGGGAAGACCACGUUCAUCAGUGAGUUGGCUUUAGAUCUUUGCAUUCAGGGCGUCAACACGUUAUGGGGCAGCUUUGAAAUCAACAACGUCCGUCUGGCGAAGAUCAUGCUGACGCAGUUCGCCAUGCAGCGGCUGGAGGAGAGGCUGGAGCAGUACGACUUCUGGGCGGACAAAUUCGAGGAGCUGCCGCUCUACUUCAUGACUUUUCACGGGCAGCAGAGCAUCAAGACGGUUCUGGACACCAUGCAGCACGCUGUCUACCUCUACGACAUCAACCACGUGGUCAUUGAUAACCUGCAGUUCAUGAUGGGACAAGAACACCUCUCAGUAGACAAGUUUGCAGUCCAGGAUCACAUUAUCGGCGUGUUCAGGAAGUUCGCCACCAACAGCUGCUGCCACGUCACUCUGAUCAUUCACCCGAGGAAAGAGGAGGACGACCGAGAACUACAAACUGCCUCCAUCUUUGGUUCUGCGAAGGCCAGCCAAGAGGCCGACAACGUCCUGAUCCUGCAGGAGAAGAAGCUGGUGACGUGUCCCGGCCGCAGGUCCCUGCAGGUCACCAAAAAUCGCUUCGAUGGAGACGUGGGCAUCUUCCCUCUGGACUUCAUUAAGUCUUCUCUGACGUUCUCGACUCCCCUCAAAGGCAAACACAAGCUGAGGAAGGUCCUCGUUAAGGCAGAGGCCGAGGAGGGGGUCACGGGGGACGUUGUAAGGAAGGACGUAGGUAAAAAACAGAAGGCAGAGAAAACAGCUAAAACAGCAAAGACGCCGCAGAGCGUUAAAAGUCCUGCCAAAGAAAAUGAAACCAUUCCUUAGUGAUUAGAAAAAGCUGACUCUAGCCUCCACAUUCAACAACUUAAACCAUUUAGAGACAUAAUUUCUGUCUGAAAGUUAAGCCGAGCAUAAAUUUAUAAAGCUACGUUUGAAAUGUAUGAAGAAACUUCUGAUUGUAGAUCAAAAUUAAACCCUCCACAAACUAGACGUGUAGAGUUGUUUCAUCAUGAACUGAAGUCAAGACGUUUAAACUAAGAUGCAACAUAAUCCUGUCUUCAUCUUUUAUACUGUUUAUAUAAAAACGUUUAUGUAUAUUUAGCAUUUUCUGGCGUUUGAUGUUUUCCUUCCAUUUCAAACAACACUGUGAAACCAGGACACUAUCACCGUCUGCUUGUUGUGAUGCAAGUAUUACCACCUGUUUGUUAUUUUUAAAGUAU